GGGGUGAGAGGUCACGCGGCCUGUAGCCACCAGCCACAGGCCCACUACGACCACGGCAGCGGGCGAACCUUCUGUGGUGCGAAAGUCGCCUUAAACGACAGCGAAAGUUGCGCGUCGCGUCUCGUCUCGUUUUGUUCGUGAUGAAGAUGGUCGCAGUUUCCCCCUCGACUUAGCCGCGGCGCGAGAGAGCGCAGACCAAGUGCAGCGCGGUGAGUUGGUGGCUGAUGAGUUGCUGAGUCAAAAUGCCGACCACGGUGCUCCUGGAUGCAUCACUGUCGAUGGUGCGGCCCUCCGGUGGCACCAACGGGUCUGGUGUAGGUGCCGAGGAAGAGCAGCAGAGGAAGCAUCUGGCAGCCCACGGUGUCCGCAUUCUGCUGGAUCACCUGGCCACACACUACCGGCUUGAGUUUACCUCCCUCCUCGCCUUUUCCUCCGUCUGCAGAAUGAUUGUACCCUUUACACGAGACUACAGCUCCCUGCAAGAGGGACUGAGCACAGUCGAAGACCAAGACAAAACAUGUUUAGAGGCUGCACUUAAAACCGUGAGCACAAUCGUGCAGGAAGAGUGGGGAGUUGGUAGCAUCUGCCAGGUGGUGUUGGUGACAGAUGGCUGCAUGGGUAUUGGCAAGGGCUCCCUGAGGCAGUCAUUGGCCUCUCUGGGACAGCGUGGUGACGAUCGUGCCUUCCCCCUCCCAUUCCCCUUCCCCUCUAAGCUAUACAUAAUGUGUAUUGCCACCCUGGAGGAGCUGGCCCAGGGCUCUCUGGAAAACCUACAAUGGUUGGUGGACCGGAAUGGUGGGCACGGCAAAGUGUUUUAUAUGGAGGGUCCCCUUUCCACCAAAAAUAUGCAGGUCAUGUUCAGCAAAUUGAUAGAGCAGGGAUAUUCAUCAUUCCACACGGUCCUGAAGUGCGGUCACCUGGCAUCAGAAGCGCAGAUUUUUCCACGCCCAGAGCCAGUCCUUCAGGAAGAAGAGGGAGAUACAAGGAACAUCCUGCCUGAAAUACAGAUUGUGGGCUUCCUGGACAUUAACGAUGUGUGCAGCCCUCCCGUUAUCUCUCGCCACCUGGUGCUGCCAAUUGGACACAGUAAAGAGUCAGAGGAUGGUGGGGCAGGUGGCGUAGAGGAAACUGAUGAAGACCCAAGUGCUCAGAACGCUGGCAAGAGGCCGUCUUUCUGUGUCCUCCUGCACGGUAGCCUCAAGGUGGAAGGCAUGGUGGCCUUGGUGCAACUUGGGCCGGCAUGGUUCGGGAUGCUAUACUCGCAAGCUGACAGCAAAAAGAAGUCAAACCUGAUGAUGUCCGUUUUUGAACCUGGCUUGGAUACCUUACCAUGGCUGGGGAAAUUCACACAGCUGGGCCCCAUCUCUGAUUUCGCAGAAAACCCAUAUGGGGAGGAUGACACUCGGACACCAUUCCCCAUGAUCCCAGCCACAAAGCGCAGCUAUGCUCAAAACGUUGUGGUGUGGAUUAAGCAAGGUGGCCUCCAGACGGAUGUGCAAAAGAUUCUGAGAAAUGCCAGGAAACUUCCAGAAAAAACACAAACCUUCUACAAGGAAUUGAAUCGGCUGCGCAAGGCUGCCCUGGCAUUCGGCUUCCAGGACCUGCUGACCGGCGUAGCGGAGCUGCUGGAGCGGGAGUGUUCGCUGUUGCCCGAGAAGACGCAUCCUGAUGCUGCCUUCCAGCUCAGUCACGCCGCCAAGCAGCUGCGGAGGUCGGCUCGCUCGCGUUCUGAGCACGCUCGCUACGAGUGCACCAUCGCGCCGCUCCGCACAAACUUCUCAGGGUGCAGCGCAGAAUAGCGCAAGUAAGAUGUCUUUCCAGGUGACAAUAUGAAAUCACAUUUUUAUCUGAGUUGAUUUAUUCCUCGGCGUACAAUACUUAGUGCAAUGUUUUGGCCAGUGGUCAGCUAUAAGCACAAGUUAUGCAGACCUCAUAGUUACAGGGCUACUACUCUAUGAUUUGGAAAACCUCAUGGAAGAACUUUACUGCCUAACCAGGUUUUAUUUUAGAAACCAUCUUGAUGUUUUCAUGACAUUGUUAUUAUUCCCAGUGCUGUUUUGUACACAGUAUGUGGUUGACCACCACCAUUUCUUCAUCGAUUUUGUGUGAUGUCUACAAGAAUCACAAGCUCCUGGCAUAAUGCUCUUUCUCCCAUGAGGAAUAGAUGCACUGUAACGCAGUGGUGCCUUGGCCUUUGACAAAAUACGGCAUGAUAUGCAGCCCUUCUGACCAGGAGCCAGUUAGUCUGUAACGAUCACUUCUGGAUCGUCUCCCCAUUUGGCCUUUUCAUUUUAAGCAAUAAAUUUAAUGAAUUGCUUUUAUUAGCAAUAUACUAAUCAUUUUUUUUGUAAUGUUAUUAUAUGUGCUGUACAGGAAUGCUUUUUCUUUUUUUUACCAGUUUCAUACUAAUGGUUAGGAAUUUAGCUGAAUGUGACAUAUGUUUGAUCAAUAAAUUUAAUCUCAAAAUGGUA